UUGAUGAUUGGUCAGGAGGCCGCCGGCGAGGCGGGUGGGGGCGGGGCGCGGAGCUGCUUCCGGUUGGGCGGUGCUUGCGCGCGUGAGCUGAGCCGGUGGGUGAGCGGCGGCCACGGGAACCUGGGCUGUGGGCGCUUCGAGGAAAGAUCUAAUUAUCAUGGACCUGCGACAGUUUCUUAUGUGCCUGUCCCUGUGCACGGCCUUUGCCUUGAGCAAGCCCACAGAAAAGAAGGACCGUGUACACCAUGAACCUCAGCUUAGCGACAAAGUUCACAAUGAUGCUCAGAGUUUUGAUUAUGACCAUGAUGCCUUCUUGGGUGCUGAAGAAGCGAAGACCUUUGAUCAGCUGACACCAGAAGAGAGCAAGGAAAGGCUUGGAAUGAUUGUAGAUAAAAUAGACGUGGAUAAAGAUGGGUUUGUGACGGAGGGGGAGCUGAAAUCCUGGAUUAAGCAUGCCCAGAAGAAAUACAUAUAUGACAAUAUUGAAAACCAAUGGCACGAAUUUGAUAUGAAUCAAGACGGCUUAAUCUCCUGGGAUGAGUACAGAAACGUGACUUAUGGCACUUACCUGGAUGAUCCAGACCCUGAUGAUGGAUUUAACUAUAAACAAAUGAUGGUUAGAGAUGAGCGGAGGUUUAAAAUGGCAGACAAGGAUGGAGACCUCAUUGCCACAAAGGAGGAAUUCACAGCUUUCCUGCACCCUGAGGAGUAUGACUACAUGAAAGAUAUAGUAGUGCAGGAAACAAUGGAGGAUAUAGAUAAGAAUGCUGAUGGUUUCAUAGACCUUGAAGAGUAUAUUGGUGACAUGUACAGCCAUGAUGGAAAUGCUGAUGAGCCAGAGUGGGUAAAGACAGAAAGAGAACAGUUUGUUGAGUUUCGAGAUAAGAAUCGUGAUGGGAAGAUGGACAAGGAAGAGACCAAAGACUGGAUCCUCCCCUCAGACUAUGAUCAUGCGGAGGCAGAAGCCAGGCACCUAGUCUAUGAAUCAGACCAGAACAAGGAUGGCAAGCUUACCAAGGAGGAGAUUGUUGACAAGUACGAUUUAUUUGUGGGCAGCCAGGCCACAGAUUUUGGUGAGGCCUUAGUACGACAUGAUGAGUUCUGAGCUGCAUACAGAAGAACCCACAUUUCUUCAAAAGUAAUUUAUUUUUACAGCUUCUGGUUUCACAUGAAAUUGUUUGCGCUACUGAGACUGUUAAUACAAACUUUAAGACCUGAAAAGGUGUAAUGAAAACCAUCCCGUCCCCAUUCCUCCUCCUCUUUGAGGCACUGGAGGAACUGUGCUUCUGAGGAACAACUCUAAUUAGUACACUUGUGUUUGUAGAUUUACACUUUGUAUUAUGUAUAACAUGGUGUGUUUAUUUUUAUAUUUGUUCUCUGGUUGGGAGUAUGAUAUGAAGGAUCAACAUCCUCAACUGACGCUUGUUUGUAGGCAAAUGUUAGCCCUUCACUCUUUCUCAACCCUUGCCAUAUAAUUUUUGUAAUUCUGACUUAACUAAUUUUUUAAGCCUGAGAUCAAUAAGAAAUGUUUAGGAGAGAGAAAAGGGAAAAAAAUAUGCCCCACAAUUAUAUUUAGAGAGACAACAUUUAAUCUUGCCUAUUGAAAAGUAUGUUUCAUAAGUAGUAGGGGCCACAUAUUCCAUUCAGUUGCUCUAAGUCCAGCAAUUGAUCGUGGCAUUAUCUGGGCAAGGACAGAUUCCUGUGCUGUCAGAAAGCUUGGCUCGACUUGAUUUCAUUCAGUUUUUUUUCUUCCCAGUAAGACUAGCUGUUUGCUAAUUUUGCCAAGCACAGCUGUGGUGGGAAGAGUUAGGGCCAGUGUCUUGAAAAUCAAUCAAGUAGUGAAUGUGAUCUCUUUACAGAGCUAUACAUAGAAACAGCUGGAAAACUAAGGGAAAAAUACAAGUGUUUUCAGGGCACACACUUUUUUCUGGGUGUGCAUCUGUUGAAGUGCUCAAGACUUUCUUGCCUAUUGAAUCACUGUAAGUGCCCCAUUCAGCUCCUAUUUCCCCAGGUGUUCCUAGGAAUUAAUCUUGCUUUCACUACAUAGUUAAAAUGUACUCCUUUCCAAUUAUGUCAUUUCAUUGAAAGUGCCUUUAACGAAAGAAAUGAUCACUGAAAUGAGGAUUCUCUUAAGAAACCCUGAGAUGAAAUACAGAGAUUAUUUGGACCACCUUGUAUGAAGCUUACAACCUCCCAAUGUAUUGGGGAUUUUUUUUUUUUUUCUUCCCUUUCUCUUUCAGACAGUGGUUAAAUAGCAGUAUUAGUUAGGAGCUUGGUUGCAGUGUUCUUAUCUUGUGGGCUGGUUUCCAAAAACCACAUGCUGCUGAAUUUACCAGGGAUCCUCAUACCUCAGAAUGCUAACCACUUACUACCAGGCCUAUUUCUGUGUCAGCUGAAGAGCUUGAACUCAGACACAAAGAUGAGAGGGCCUACUGAGAGGACUCUUUGGUUUGAGGACCAUUGUUCAACCUUCUUGCCUUUGACCCAACGCCCCCUCUCCCCGCUGCCCCCAAAAAAGUUUAUCGUGGAUCAGCAGAUUGCCAAUCCUUGUCAAAGAGAGGGACAUUGUAGAAAGAGCUGAAGAAGCUGCCUUCUGUUCCCAACUCACUUUACCCAUAUUUUAUGUAACACAAACUCUGUCUUUUUUGGUCCUUUUCUUACAGAUGGACCUCUUUUGAGAAGAAUUAUUGUAUUCCAAACUUUUUUAGCCCUCAGGUUACUAAGAUAAAUAUAUGUAUAUCUAACCUUUAUUAUUUCAUGUAUCUUUGUGGAUAAUACAUUCAGGUGGUGCUGGGUGAUUAUUAUAAUCUGAACCUAGGUGUAUCCUUUGGUCUUCCAUGAUCAUGUUGAGGUGGACUACUUGGCCUGGCAAAAAGCCAGAUUAUCACGUAACUUGAUCCUGGCCUUUGCAUUGAGCUCUUGAGAGUGGAUACACUCUUUUUAACCCCAAUAUAGGGGAAUGUAAAUUCUCUGCUCUCCAGAUUCCCCAUUUUUAUCAUUAAGAAGAUCAAAGAUAAUAAUGGCAACCCAGGAUUAGAGAGAGCACAUCAUGAACUGUGUGGCAGGAGAGCCUUGCAGCUCACUAGGUACAGAGAACCCAGGCCUGAUGUUAAAAGUUACGCACUUAGAAAGCAAACCUUCAUAUGCUAAAAUGGCAACUUCUGGAUGCUGGGUGCUCAGCAGCAAGCAUACUCUAAUAAUCUCUAAUGAUCCCCCUGGAUUAUCUUUUUGGUUUAAGUCAAGCCUGAGGCUGGUGAACAGUAGCUACACACCCACACUGUGUGUCCUGUGAAUGCUAGCUCUCUUGAAUUUGGAUACUGGUUAUUUUUUAUAGAGUGUAAACUAAGUUUUAUAUUCUAUAAUGCAAACAGGUACCUAUCUGUUUCUAAAUAAAACUGUUUACAUUCA